GAUGUCCUGAGUCAGUCCUCCUGGCCCAGAGAGCGGUGUGCUGAUGGGACCUGCUGCGCCACCAUGAGCUUACAAGAUGGCGGCUGCAGCUACGCCAGCAGCGCCAACAUGGCCACCGCUUGUGGCAGCAUGCGGCGGCGCCUGGAGGACCAGGACUUCAGCCUGCGGGUCUAUCCAGGAGCCCUGGCUGAGGGAACCAUCUACUGCCCCGUCAGCGCCCGCAAGAACACCACGGCUGCUGAAGCCAUCGACUCCCUCAUCCAACGCUUAUGCCUGGAGCGGACCAAAUGCUACGUCUUGGCUGAGGUAAAGGAGUUUGGCGGGGAGGAAUGGAUCCUGAACCCCUGCGACUGCCCCGUUCAGCGGAUGAUGCUGUGGCCUCGGACUGCCCUGGAGAACCGCAGUGGGCUGGGCAGCGGCGAGGACUACCGCUUCCUCCUGCGGGAAAAGAACCUGGAUGGAUCUAUUCAUUAUGGCGGCAGCCUGCAGAUGUGGCUACGGGUGACUGAGGAGCGCAGACGCAUGGUGGAACGGGGUUUCCUCCCUCAGCCUGCAGGGAGCGACCCUCCGUCCGACCUCUGCGCUCUCCCGGAGCUAACUGAGCGUGCCAUUUUGGAAAGCCUUCGAGCACGUUUCCGCCAGGAGAAGAUCUACACAUACAUUGGGAGUAUUCUUAUUGUAGUUAACCCUUUUCAGUUCCUGCCAAUCUACAAUCCUAAAUAUGUCAAAUUAUACGACAACCACGCAUUAGGGAAGCUGGAGCCCCAUAUUUAUGCUGUGGCAGAUGUGGCUUAUCAUGCAAUGCUACAGCGAAGGAAGAACCAGUGCAUAGUCAUCUCUGGUGAGAGCGGGUCGGGGAAGACCCAGAGCACUAACUUCCUCAUUCAUCAUCUGACGGCACUCAGCCAGAAGGGAUUCGCCAGCGGGGUGGAGCAGAUCAUCCUGGGAGCCGGGCCUGUGCUGGAGGCCUUUGGGAACGCUAAAACCGCCCACAACAACAACUCCAGCCGCUUCGGAAAGUUCAUCCAGGUCAACUACCAGGAGAGUGGCACCGUCAGGGGGGCGUAUGUGGAGAAGUACCUGCUGGAGAAGUCCCGUCUGGUGUACCAGGAGCACAAUGAGAGGAACUAUCAUGUGUUUUACUACCUGUUGGCUGGAGCCAGUGACGAUGAGAGGAAAUCCUUCCACCUACUCAAGCCUGAGGAAUACCACUACCUCAACCAGAUGACACAGAAAUCGCACAAACUGCACUGGGACAAUUACUAUGAGAGUGAUCUGGACUGCUUCACAGUGGAGGGAGAAGAUCUGAAACAUGACUUUGAGCGGCUGCAGCUGGCGAUGGAGAUGGUCGGCUUCUUACCCACAACACGAAAACGGAUCUUCCUCCUGCUGUCAGCGAUCCUCCACCUGGGAAACAUUCGCUACAAGAAGAAGACCUACAGGGACGACUCCAUCGACAUCUGCAACCCAGAGGUCCUGCCCAUCGUCUCGGAGCUGCUAGAGGUGAAGGAAGAGAUGCUGCUGGAAGCGCUGACCACAAGGAAGACGGUGACAGUCGGAGAGAGGCUGAUCGUACCUUACAAACUCGCUGAGGCGGGGACGGUGAGGGACUCCAUGGCCAAGUCACUGUACAGCGCUCUGUUUGACUGGAUUGUGUUCAGGACCAACCAUGCACUAUUAAACAACAAGGACCUGGAGGACGAUUCAAAGAUUCUGUCUAUUGGAGUCCUGGACAUCUUUGGAUUUGAGGAUUAUGAGAACAACAGCUUCGAGCAGUUCUGCAUCAACUUCGCCAACGAGCGGCUUCAGCACUACUUCAACCAACACAUCUUCAAAUUAGAACAGGAGGAGUACAGGGCGGAGGGCAUCACCUGGCACAACAUUGAAUACAUCGACAACAGCGGCUGCAUCAACCUCAUCAGCAAGAAACCCACCGCGCUGUUCCACCUGCUGGACGAGGAGUGCAAUUUCCCUCAGGCGACAAAUCAGACCUUGCUGGACAAGUUCAAGCGUCAGCAUGAAGGAAACAGCUACAUCGAGUUCCCCGCUGUCAUGGAGCCCGCAUUCAUCAUCAGACACUACGCUGGGAAAGUCAAGUACGGAGUCAAGGACUUCAGGGAGAAGAACACUGACCACAUGCGUCCUGACAUCGUGGCCUUGCUCAAGAGCAGCAAGAGCGCCUUCAUCUGCAACUUGAUGGGAAUCUGCCCCGUGGCCACUUUCCGCUGGGCCGUGCUGCGAGCUUACUUCAGAGCCCUGGUGGCUUUCAGGGAGGCCGGCCGCAGACACACCCACAAAAAAACAGGAAACGAUGCAGCUGUCCCCUGUUCCGUUGUCAAAACUGUCGACAGCUUCAGUUUCCUCCAUCACCCGGUUCACCAGAGGAGCCUCGAGAUCCUGCAAAGAUGCAAAGAUGAGAAAUACAGUAUCACUCGUAAGAAUCCUCGCACUCCUCUGUCAGAUCUUCAAGGCACCAACGCCCUGAAUGAAAAGGCCAGCUGGGAUGGCUUUGGUGUGGGAUGUAACGGUCGCAGGGCUGGUCGUAUGUCCUCGUCAGGGAGCCCCGCCCUAGAAGAAGAGGGUAUCUUCAUCCAUUCAACCAGCAGCAAACUGCUGGAGAGAGCUCAGGGCAUACUAAUGAGAAACAAAAACUGCAAAAGCAAGCCCUCCCUUCCCAAGCACUUGUUGGACGUGAAGUCUCUGCGCCACCUGAGUAGUGUGACGCUCCACGACCGCAUCACCAAGUCUCUGCUUCACCUGCACAAGAAGAAGAAACCACCCAGCAUCAGCGCACAGUUUCAGGCAUCUCUCAACAAGCUGAUGGAGACUCUGGAUCAGUCAGAGCCGUACUUUGUCAAAUGCAUCCGCUCAAAUGCUGAGAAGCUGCCACUUCGUUUCUACGACAGUCUGGUGCUCAGGCAGCUCAGAUACACAGGCAUGCUGGAAACCGUCCGGAUCCGACAAUCAGGAUACAGCAUCAAGUACACCUUCCAGGACUUUGUGCGACACUUUCACGUGCUGCUGCCUCGAGGCACCAAACCAACCAAGUCAGGCAUCAGGGAGUUUUUCAGACAGAUCCACCUGCUGCCCGCUGGGUAUCAAGUGGGAAACACGAUGGUGUUCCUGCGGGAGGCAGAGCGCCAGCGUCUCCAGACCUCCCUCCACCAGGAGGUCCUGAGGAGAAUCGUCACGCUGCAGCGCCGCUUCAGGGCCGUCCUGGAGAGGAAGCGCUUUGUUGACAUGAGGAGAGCCACCUGCGUCAUCCAGCGAUGGUGGCGAUCCUGUCUCCUCAGAGAAUCCGCCAUGGACUCCAGUUAUGAGGAGGGGGCCGCUGUGUGUCUGCAGGCGGCCUGGAGGAGCUACAGGGAGCGCAGCAGGUUCCUGCAGUGGAGAGACUCUGCCGUCAUCAUCCAGAGGAGCUGGAGACACUGCAGCCAGCGCAGGUCUCAGGCGGCUUUGACGGUUCAGACGGCUUGGAGAGGAUUCAGGGAGAGGAGACAAUAUAGUCAGACGUACAGGACAGUGAGACACCUGCAGGCGGUGGGCCGGGGGCACCUGGCUAGACUCAGGUUCAGGGAACUGAAGGAGCAGCAUGAAAGACUCAGAGAACAGAGUCCUCCAGCAGAGAUGGAUGCAGGAACCAUGGACGACAUCUCCUCAUCAGGACAAGAAGUUUGUGUUCAGGACAUCUCUGUGGAGCUCUCUGAGGACUCUAAACCAGUCCUGUGUGACGUGGGAGAGGCAGAUAAAGAAGAGGACUCAGAGAGAAGUAAAGUAAUGGACGACACGAGCCAUAAAACCAGAUCUAAACGAGAGAGCAGACGGAUGAGAGAGCUGGAGCAGGCUCAGUUCAGCUUGGAGCUCCUCAAAGUCCGAACCACCAGCAUGGGAGGUCCUCCACAGGAGGAUUCAAUCCAAGACAGCAGACAUUCACCCAGGGGGUCUCCAGCCAGCCAUGGAAGUUUUGAACUACUCAACGUGGAAGACAUGGAGACUGAAGGCUCUGGGGGUACUAGUUCCCAGUCGAUGGAACCCCAGGAACACCCCCAAGUUGUGAAUAUUCAAAUAGAUGACCAGAUGAGGGACUCAAACUUUAACGAAAAGCCUGCGCCGGAGCUGCCGAACAAGGAGGAGGGUCCAAGGGCAACAUUUUAUAUUGCUUCUGACCAAAGCCCAAUCCAUGAACCAAAAUGCGAAAGCCCAAACAAAUCCUACAAAGACAGACGGGAGUCCACAUCGCGGAGGCCUGUGGUGGUGUUGAUCAGUAUGCAAAAAGAGAGUCCCGUGGAGGAGGGGGAGCUGCUGGCGGCCCAAACCCUAGAAAGAGCUCUGGAAACACAAGCAGCAACGUCUGGUUCUCAAAUAGCACCUGUUCCAAGCCUGGAGGUAACAUCAAAGACAGAAAAACCUCACGGGACCACUACCCAAGGGAAGAAAGGUGCAUCAGAAAGGGUCACAUCUUCAUCCGCCCAUGCAGCAGCUCCAGAAGUACCAGGGAUUCAAUCCUCAGACAUCAAGAUCACCCAGGGGUCAAAAGACGGUGUCCCAGCUGUAACGAAGCAUAAGGAGAAAAAGUCGUCUCGGUCUGCAAAGGAGGCUCCCAGCCCGGUCCUGGAUACCAAACCUCCAAAGGCUCAGAAGAAGAGCUCAGCUCAAACUGUGAUUGUGAACAUGGUGGAGAAACCGUCCAACUCUGUGUUCUCCCCGCCCAGACGCAAGCUGCCAUUCUCAAAGUCCGAUAAAGAUUUGGUGAACCAGGAGAGAUCUCUAGCCAUGUUCAGAGAUGACUCCAAAACAUCUGGAUCCAGACACAGAGAGGUUGGCCGCCCCGGCCCCAAAAAGAAAGCUCGAAUGUCCCGGACUCGCUCUGACUUCCUCACCCGCUGUAACUCUGAGGGGGCCACGCAGUCUGACGACGACGAUGAAUACUACGUACCUGUCCACUCCCACACGCUGCCCCCCUCCCUGACUCCCUCACGCGCCCACCCCGAGGCCGACUGUCACAGUGACUCUGAGAUGGCAUCUCACAAAGACCAGAAGAAGAUCCACAAGACCAUGUCGUCAGGAGACCUGGGCAAAGUGGAGGUCCUCAGGAAAACUUCCAGUCAGGAUGGAGGGAUAAUGAAAGGAAAGAUGAGAUUCUGGAGCAAAUCCAAGCAUGGCGAGAAAAAACUGUCAAGAGAGAAGCAGGCCAGCCGGGCAGAAGCUGGUGAGACACAUGAAGGCGCUUCUCCUCCUCACAGCCCAGACCUGGAGGCCGCCACUCCCCGGGGGGUCAGGGACAGUAAGGAGAUCAAGGAGCUGUCCCCAAAGAUGAGGAGACGUCGCAGCCUGAAGAUCAGCAGCAUCACUCUGGAACCGGCUCAGUGGCAGAACGACGCGCUGCACAUCCUCACCUCGGCACACGACUACCGCAGCAUGAACGACUUCCUCAUGAAGAAGAUUGCAGACCUGGAGUCUGAAGAUGGAAAGAAGGACACUAUGGUGGAUGUUGUCUUCAAGAAAGCGCUGAAGGAGUUCAGGAUCAACAUCUUUAACUCUUACUCCACCGCUCUGGCUAUGGAUGAUGGAAAGAGUAUCCGUUACAAGGACCUGUACGCGCUGUUUGAACACAUCCUGGAGAAGUCGAUGCGUCUUGAGCAGAGGGACUGGAGCGAGUCGCCGGUGAAGGUGUGGGUCAACACCUUCAAGGUGUUCCUGGACGAGUUUAUGACCGAGUACAAGCCCAUGGAGGGAACCAUCGGCAGGGCUCCAAAACGUGAGCGCAAGAAGUCGAGGAAGAAGGAGACAGACAUUGUGGAAGAACAUAACGGCCACAUCUUCAAAUCCACACAGUACAGCAUCCCAACAUACUGCGAGUACUGCUCCUCCCUCAUCUGGAUGAUGGACCGAGCCUGCGUCUGCAAACUGUGCCGCUACGCCUGCCACAGGAAGUGCUGCUCCAAGAUGACCACCAAGUGCAGUAAAAAGUACGAUCCGGAGCUGUCGUCUCGGCAGUAUGGUGUGGAGUUGUCCCGUCUGACCAGCGAGGAGAGAGCUGUGCCCCAGCUGGUGGAGAAACUCAUCAACUACAUCGAGAUGCACGGCCUCUAUACAGAGGGCAUCUACAGGAAAUCAGGCUCUACCAAUAAGAUCAAAGAACUCCGUCUGGGGCUGGACACAGAUGUGAGCAUCGUGAGCCUGGACGAAUACAACAUCCAUGUCAUCGCCAGCGUUCUCAAACAGUGGCUCCGUGACCUGCCCAGCCCUCUCAUGACCUUUGAGCUGUACGAGGAGUUCCUCAGGGCCAUGGGUCAGCCAGACAAGCGGGAAGUCAUCCGAGGAGUGUAUUCCGUGAUCGACCAGCUCAGCAGGACGCACCUCAGCACAUUGGAGCGCCUCAUUUUCCAUCUGGUCAGGAUCGCCCUGCAGGAGGAGACUAACAGGAUGUCAGCCAACGCCCUCGCCAUCGUGUUCGCUCCCUGCAUCCUCCGCUGCCCUGACACUAUCGACCCGCUGCAGAGCGUCCAGGACAUCAGCAAGACCACAGCAUGCGUGGAGCUGAUCAUCAACGAGCAGAUGAGCAAGUACAAAGCUCGUCUGAAGGACAUCAGCAGUCUGGAGUUUGCAGAGAGCAAAGCCAAGAGCAGACUGACCCACAUCAGGAGGUCUAUGAAACCAGUACUAAUUGCUGUUAGGUUUAUGAGCAUAACCCGCACUGCCACCCCGGUAUGUAUGCCCCAUCCACUCCAUGUGCCCACCCAGCAUCACCAGUCCUGUCCUUCAGUCCUCCUGAUCCAUCCAAUCAUACUGUCCGAAUACUUGUCACGAGAGGAUGCAGCAGAAGGGGGGCUGAACGAUCAGCAGCAGCAGGCGAUGCAGCAGGAGGAGCGAAUCCUCACUGAGCAGAUCGAGAGUCUGCAGAAGGAGAAGGAGGAGCUUACGUAUGAGAUGUUGAUAUUGGAGCCGCGGACGUCAGAUGAUGAGACUCCCGAAUCUGAAGCAUCGAUCGGAACAGCAGACAGCUCUGAGAACAUCACGAUGGAGGCAGAGGGAGCCACCUCAGACCCCUCGGACCGUGGCACUUAUCGCUCUAGGAAGUCUGAGGCUAAGGGCAGACGAACUUUGCACCGUCAGCCCGACUCCCAGGACUCUGCAGACUCCACCUCCACACUUUCCUCCUCCUACCAUCCCUCCUCCUCUCUCUCCUCCAACGCUUCUGGCUCUCCCUUACCUCACUACCGCUUCCGCUCCUCCUCCUCGGGACCCCUGCUCACCACCUGUGGGCUGGGGACCCCGCUGGAGGCAGAAGGGAGCCAAAGAACAGGUAAGACUCGGCACAGGCUCCGACUCAGCCGCAGCUCCCCACGGGACCCCACGGGGGGCCACCGAAGAGACUCGGACUUUGGCUCGGGGCCACAGCAGCUGGUACUGUACGGCAGCAAUGAGUUUAUGGUGUGAAGAUGAAAAAAGAUGGGAAAAGCCGACCGCCGCCUCAGCUGUACGAGAAGGAGAGGAGGGAGAGUCUGGGGUCAAACGAGGCUGGUAACGGGGCGAGGUUUGAACCCCUCCUCGGUGCCCAUCCCCUCCUCUCCUGGUCCAGGAAGAGCAGAAAUCUUUGGGAGUUACAGGAGAGGAAUCACAGAGGGACAAAUGAACAGAAAAAGUGAUGACAAAUUGGAGCAGAGUGAUGUGAAAAGAUGUGGUCGGCCAUGUUUGUUGCCCAUCUGAUUUCAGUGCUGUUGACCCCUGCUGGAGCCCCGGGGGUCAGCUGAGAGAGAGAGAAGAAGAAUAGGACGGGGAGUGAGAAGCUUCGAAUACCCACACCUGCAAAGCCAAAUCUUAUAGUGCCCCCAUCUUUCUUUUUGAGCAUGUGGGCAGUCACCCAGAAGAAAUGUAGCCAUACUGACUGACUGUCUGAACUGGCGGACGUUUUGUCUGUAACCAGCGCAAAGCUAAGUCUGCUUUUUCACGUUUACACAGGACACACCAGCCGAGAGGCUGCAUGCUACUCCAUCACACUUUUUCCUACGUCAGUUUGAAGAGACUGUACAGAAGUAUGUUACAGCUGUAUGUUACAUCAUUAUUAUUGUUAUUAUUAUAAUUAUUAUUAAUAUUAUUAUGUUGCAGAGGAAAAAAGUGUACAUAGAGAAGAAAAGUCCAGUGCUGCUCCUGGGUCGUUAAUGUUGGUUAAUCUCUAUUUCUUGUUCUCUGUUUUUGCAAAGUGAAGUGUCUGGAGUCAAGGUUCCACUUUUUGUUUCUGUGCUUGCUCCAUUUACUUUUCUUUUCUUUUCCUAUGUUACAAUGAACAGAGCCAGUUCUACUCCUGAAAAAUGAUAGAAGGAAGCUGUGGAUGUGCGCUCACAGUGCUGCGUGUCGUCUGGUGUCACGUUUACUUAAACCUGAGGGGUCAACUGUCAAUCAGCCAUAAGUGUAUUGUAUCUGCCUUUCCCUGCAAGCUCCUCUUUUCCAUGUUUUUUUCUUCUGUUUUUAUCCACAAACAUCAGUGUUACUACAUCAGGACUUGAAUUUUUUUAAAUAUAAAUAUAUUAUUGCUGUAUUAUAGGUGUUGUUACUGAUAUCAAAGAUGACAUGUUUUUGCUGUCAAUAUUGUUUCAUGGUUUAUUUUUGCUCAGAUGAAAGCCAUUUGUUUCCUUUCUAAGUAUGUGUGUUUGUGUGUGCAUGUCUGAUUGAAUGGAUGAGUAACCCCUGCCACUGUAUACACUCCCACUUUGUGCAUGUGUUGUACUCUCUACACACACGUUCGCUGGUAUUUCCAUCCAAAAGUCGUUCUUUUUGUGAAAGGGGAAAAAGUCUCGGCAGCCAUCGGGUGACACUAAAACAAACUCAGAGUUACAAAAUGUGUCACUAGUCUGACUUUUAUUACACCUGUGGGGAAACUGAUGCACUCCCCUACACUAUCAGACCGUCCAUCAUGUCCUCUGAGCCAUCCAGAGCACUCUUCUUCUUCCUCUUCCUCCUCGUUUUCCUUCUCCUUGGCUUGUAAAAGUAGCGUUUAAUCUGCCUGUUAAUCAGACAAUAAUAAGUAGCAUCUCAUUCAUACCGUCCGUGUCUUUCUGCAUAGUCUCACUCUCUCUGUCUCUGUCCAUACAUUAUCCUGUCAGUAUACUAACCAGUCUAAAGGGCGUACUUGCUGCUAAACAGCAAUGAUGUCUCAGAUCUCUGUGUCUGUCAUCAGAUACUUUGGUAACCUAGCUCCGGUCUCACCCACAUAAUCAGUGUUAUUUAACUUACCUUGAAGUUGGAAGUGUCGGUAAGACUGCUGAUCUCAGUUUUCAUGCAGGUGUGGAGACUUGCACAGUGUUGUCUUUUGUUAACAUAAACCGUAGUCCUGUUUAGAAAAAAAGAAACCGUUUCUGAGGUGAGCUAAAGGACAAAACUGAUUCCAGGUCAAGUAUCUCUACGCUGGUAUUUAAUGGGAUGGUCUUUGUACAUGUUCAGAUUGUCCAUAAUGCAAAAAAAUAAAUAAUAAUAAUAAUAAUAAGGAAGAAAAAAAGUGAAUGUACCUGUCACUGGAAGGCAUGCUCUGCUUUUUCUGGUUGUUUUUGUUCCUCUUUUAUACACAGUGUGUGUACUAUUUAUGAUCAUGCUUUUGGGAUGUACAUUGGUUUAAAAGAAUCUGUUAUAAAAGGAUAUAUUAUCCUGUGUACGGUUCAUUAUCUACUAUUAAUCAUGGCUACAUUUGAACAGGCCACACUCAGACUGUCAUGUUUGUGCUACGCAGCAGAAAAAAAAAGUGUCUUGUGUCUCUUUGUCUGCACCACUCUGGACACAGUUAUGUAAAAGGUGCAAAUUGUGUUAUAUUUCUUUUUUUAUGAUACCAACAUGUCUAUGGUUGUAAGAAAAAAAGACUUUAUGGGGGGAAUUCAUCUGCUUAUUAAAAAAGCAAAAGUGCAGCCAAACA